CCGUGUGCGCCUGCGCUGAGCUCUGGGACAGGGCGUGUUCUUUGUCCGGGGGCUCGUUUGGCACCGUCGGGUGCGUCUCUCGCCACCGGGGUGCAUCCCGUGGAAGCCUGUCGUCCCACGCCACCCGGUCAGGUGGUGCCCUCCGCGACCAUGUCCAAGUCUCUCAAAAAGUUGGUGGAGGAGAGUCGGGAGAAGAGCCAGCCGGAAGUGGACAUGAGCGACCGGGGCAUCUCCAACAUGCUGGAUGUCAACGGCUUGUUCUCCUUAUCCCAUAUCACACAACUGGUACUGAGCCACAACAAGCUAACAACUGUGCCAGCAAACAUAGCAGAACUGAAGAACUUGGAAGUGCUCAACUUUUUUAAUAACCAGAUUGAGGAGCUGCCCACGCAGAUCAGCAGCCUUCAAAAACUCAAACACCUGAACCUCGGCAUGAAUAGGCUAAACACUUUGCCUCGAGGAUUUGGCUCUCUCCCAGCUCUUGAGGUCCUGGACUUGACUUACAACAACUUGAGUGAAAAUUCUCUUCCUGGAAACUUCUUCUACCUUACCACCCUGCGUGCACUCUAUCUAAGUGACAACGAUUUUGAAAUCCUGCCGCCAGAUAUUGGGAAGCUCACAAAGUUGCAGAUACUCAGCCUUAGGGAUAACGACCUGAUCUCGCUGCCUAAGGAAAUCGGGGAGCUUACGCAGCUUAAGGAACUCCACAUUCAGGGAAACCGCCUGACUGUUCUGCCCCCAGAACUAGGAAACUUGGAUUUAACUGGUCAGAAGCAGGUAUUCAAAGCAGAGAACAAUCCCUGGGUUACUCCAAUUGCUGACCAGUUCCAGCUUGGAGUGUCCCAUGUUUUUGAAUAUAUCCGCUCGGAGACAUACAAGUACCUCUACGGUAGACACAUGCAGGCAAACCCAGAACCACCAAAGAAGAAUAAUGACAAAUCGAAAAAGAUCAGCCGGAAACCCCUGACAGCCAAGAACAAAUAAGCGGUUGGCAUGAACUGGAUUUCUGAACCCUUCUCUCAGUAACACUUCUGUCUUCUGUUCGCUGUCUCACAAAUAAAUACAAUGUGUGUAUGGC